GGCAGGCAGGAGGACAGGCGGAUGUUCUGCUUCUUUCUGACCGACACUCAGUCAACUUGAGCGGGCAGAGACGAGAGAGUGUGCUCCUUUCAGCUACUAGCCACAUUUGUGUGGAUAAGGCGAGUAAUCAGGUGCCUUAGCUUACUAGAUCACUGGAGAGAACAAUAGUUUUAUAUGUAAUCUUGCACUUCAAAUCGAACUAGUGUUGAUUAAUUUCAACAUUUAAAAUGUCCAUAUUACUGUUCACGCCUCCGAUUGUGAAGAGGCUUCUCGGCUGGAAGAAGGGGGAGCAGAACGGCCAAGAGGAGAAAUGGUGCGAAAAGGCUGUCAAAAGUCUUGUGAAGAAGUUGAAAAAGACGGGACAGUUGGACGAGUUGGAAAAGGCCAUCACAACACAGAAUGUCAACACCAAAUGUUUAACCAUACCAAGGUCACUCGAUGGUCGACUCCAGGUCUCGCACAGAAAAGGUCUGCCUCACGUCAUCUACUGCCGCUUAUGGCGCUGGCCCGACCUGCAGUCCCACCACGAGCUGAGAGCCCUUGAUCACUGCGAAUAUGCCUUCCAUAUGAAGAAAGAUGAAGUGUGCGUGAACCCUUAUCACUACCAGAGAGUGGAGACGCCAAUUUUGCCCCCUGUCCUAGUUCCACGACAUACAGAUAUCCCUGCAGAGUUCCCACCGCUGGAUGACUAUAGUCCAUCCAUUCCUGAGAACACCAACUUCCCUGCUGGUAUUGAACCACAGAGUAACUACAUACCUGAUCACUAUCUUACGAUGGCCAACGGGUGCAAACGGGCAGCAGCAUCUAAACAAGUGUGCCUUGUUGAGGUGACGUUUUUGUUUUGUAUUGUUUUUCCAGAAACACCCCCACCUGGGUACCUGAGUGAGGAUGGCGAGGCAAACGAUCACCAGCUCAACCACAGCAUGGACACAGGUUCACCAAGCCUGUCUCCCAAUCCUGUGUCACCCACAAACAAUAAUCUUGACUUACAACCUGUGACAUACUGUGAGUCCGCUUUCUGGUGUUCCAUCUCGUACUACGAGCUCAACCAGCGUGUAGGAGAAACCUUCCAUGCCUCGCAGCCCUCCCUCACAGUCGAUGGCUUCACUGACCCCUCCAACUCGGAGCGCUUCUGUCUUGGCCUGCUGUCCAAUGUUAAUCGCAAUUCUGCGGUGGAGCUCACACGCAGACAUAUAGGAAAGGGCGUGAGGUUGUACUACAUUGGUGGGGAAGUGUUUGCGGAGUGUCUCAGUGACAGCGCCAUCUUUGUCCAGAGUCCAAACUGCAACCAGCGCUAUGGAUGGCAUCCUGCUACUGUCUGCAAGAUCCCUCCAGGUUGCAACUUAAAGAUCUUCAACAACCAGGAGUUUGCUGCUCUUCUCGCCCAGUCGGUAAACCAGGGCUUUGAGGCAGUUUACCAACUUACCAGGAUGUGCACAAUUCGCAUGAGCUUUGUCAAAGGAUGGGGAGCUGAGUACAGACGUCAGACAGUGACCAGCACCCCCUGCUGGAUAGAGCUGCACCUCAACGGUCCUUUACAGUGGUUGGACAAGGUUCUCACACAGAUGGGUUCUCCCAGCAUCCACUGCUCCAGUGUGUCUUAAAGGCAGCCACCUCCACACAAUCCCCCGGUUCACACUUUAAGCCACAUGAGACUACCCCAGUAUUCAGAUCAACCUCCUGCUUCCUUGCUGUAACAUUUUAACCUCACACACUUUGCUUGUGCACUGUCGUGUCCCCUUGUGAUGUUCUGAGUGUUCCGUGCACAGCCACAGGUUAUCUGCAGGUUUCACAUAUACACUCUGCCUUUCUGUUUCUUCAUAAAUACCCAUACAUUGCAAGAGCCUUGUCAGGACAUUGACUAUCUCCACGAAACAAGACCAUUCAACUAAGAGGAGUAGAUUGAGGCAAUUUAUUUUAACUUUUUUUCUUACAUUUGCAUCAAUUUCUCAGGUAAUACAAUCCCCAAAUACAAAAAUAAAACUUAUUUCUAAAAGUUUUGGAACUAGAUCCAAACCCCCUAAAUUUUGAGUUUCCCAGGUUGACAAUAGUAUUCCUGCUAAUGGACCAUAUUUUAAAACAUGUUGAAUUAACAGUACAACUGGUGUUUAUGUCCCAGUACUACUCUUUAUAAAUCAUUAAAUUGAGGUUUAUAAGAAUGCACGGUAUUUUUUUUCAAGCAGAUACUGAUAACUUUUUUUUUUUCGCUGUGGUUUAACGCCUGGAGGCAAGAAUAACUCAAAGUUGGAUUUGACAAACUGUAGCCGUAGAUUAGUGCUGACGAAAUUUAUCAUGGCAUCUCUACAAUUAACAAAACGAAACAAAUAGCAGCAACUCAGAAGUACAAAUCGUGGAUCAGAAUGGUUUGCUGGGUUGUUGGGGGGGCGGUUUUUUUGUUUUGUUUUUUUUUUUGCUUUAUGGAAGCUUUUUUGUGGCGCAGGCGUCUUUGUGGGCUUUCAGGGCGCUGGUGGCGUUUGGUUUUUGUGAAGCGUUUGAUGCAACACGCGAGUGGGGAUGUCCCACACGAUCGAAGCCAUGUUUGUUUACAAACUGUUUACAGAACAUCACACACAGGAGAAAGGAGCGAUUGAUUUGCUCACCCUACAUCACAGUAUGGGUAUUCUUGCUUCAUGUGAGCAUUUUUUUUUAAUUAGCGGUUAUCAGAGCUAUUUUUUUUUCAAUGUUAUUGGAUUUAUCGGUAUGACCUCGUAUCGACCCAAUAGUUAUCGGGCUGAUAUUUAUCGUCCACUCCUAUUUAAGCAGAAAAAAUACCAUGAUCAAUGUUAUUAAAAUGUUUAAAAUAGUCUUAAGUACAAGGUACUUUGCCCACAAUUAUUUCAUCAUAUUAAUGAGUUAGUUACUUAAUUGGUGUUUUAUCUAUUUUAAACAAGAGAACAAACAUAAGCACCACCAUUUCUUGGAAAAAUAAUCCUUGUAUGGAUAACUAUUUUGCUCAAUGAAAAACACAUUUUAUAAGUUAUUUUUGCAUACUGUCCUAUAUGGAAAUAUAUUUUUAUUAUUGCCUCACUAUGAUUGUACAUAACUAUUUAUAGCUUGUGAUUUCUUGUAGUUCUGCAUUGAAUGAAAUAGUGGACAGUAAGACUCAGCCUGCUUUCUUCUUGUCCUUUCUUGGUUAACCGGUCCUGAAGUCUAACACAUACUGUAGGAUCAUUGCACUUGCUAGUAUUGUUGCAUAGUACUACACUGAUGCUGCGGCAUGUUUGGAUGAAACACAAAUGUCUUAUCUCAUAGCACCAACCAGUGGCCAAUAUGCUCCAUGUGGGUGGAUGAUGCACUUCCAGUUUCCUGUGUUGAUUGGUGUACAGCUUCAGUUCUAGUGCUGUGUGUGUCCAGUAUUGUUUGUUCAAUGCUACAAGUAUGUGUUAUAUGCUGGCUGUCUUUAGACAUUGUCUUUGCCAUGUUAGCAUUCAUGCACUUCCAGUCGUCCCAACCUAAUCUAUUUAAAGCAGUCACUGAAAUGCAGCGCACGAGAGUGCAUUAGUUAGUUGGUAGAGCUUUGUAUGUUCUUGUGGUCUUGCUUGGAUGUCUUUUUUUCCAUGUAAAUGUACAUUCUUUGUUCACAGGGUCAAAUACUAUUUGAUCUAAAUGGCCUGUUUUGUUAUGCCAACGUCUCAUAGUAAAAAUAAAUGUAAAGAGACAACAAUACUACCGUCUUUA